AGUAGCUCUCACUGCAUCAUUUUGGAAGAGAUUAUUUUGGGUAUACUCGAACUGAACAUCGAUACUCUUAAGUCAUUCUUUGAAGAAAUAGGAAUUUGGUGUAAUGGAACCCGACUUUAAACUUGGGGUUAUGCCAUAACCCUUCAAAAAUAAUUAAUCAAGUCAAUUUUUGUAAUCUCCCAAGUGAGUGACAAUGGCCCAGAGACCCCUAGAAGCGGACGAAAUGGAGUUCGACUGGAUCCAGCUCCAGAAGGAGAUCCGGGCCGGCGAUGAGACACGCAAGGAGAAACUACUGCGCAAAAUUAAGGAGAACCCGAUGAUUCCGAUAGGUUGUUUGGCCACAACUUGUGCCCUAUGUUACGGUUUGUGGAGUUUCAGGACCGGGAAUCGGAAAAUGUCGCAGUAUAUGAUGCGGACCCGAAUCGUGGCCCAAGGCUUCACCGUCGUGGCCCUCCUCGCGGGCAUCGGCACGGGGCUCUCCAAAAUCGAGCGGCCCAAAAAGUAAACGGGGGCCCAACUCUUGUACAUAAAUGAGUGAUAUUUAUUUAGUUACGUGUUGUCUAAUAGAUCCAAUAAAGCCUUAAA